UGCAUUGAACUGAAGUGUCCUCCCGGACCACCUGGUUCCCCUGGUUUACCAGGGCUUGAUGGAGAAGAUGGUGCUCCAGGAAUAGAUGGCGAACCAGGGCGAGACGGCAUUUUCGAAUGGCCGGAAGAAGAAUGCCAAAUCUGUCCUCCGGGACCACAAGGACCAAUUGGAGAAAUGGGACCACCUGGUUCUCCAGGACCAAAAGGGCCUGCUGGAAGGCCAGGAAAACCUGGUGUACCUGGAAAGGAUAACUAUGAAGGAGGCAAACCAGGACCGCCAGGCCCACCAGGACGCGAUGGAAAUCCAGGUCCACAGGGUCCUAAGGGAGCAGAUAGCGAAGGUGGUCCACCAGGACUUCCCGGUCCUUCGGGGCCAAGAGGACGACAAGGAAUGCCAGGAAAACCGUUUACUGGCCCGCCUCCUCAAGGUUAUCCUGGAGCGCCUGGGCCACCAGGCCCUCCUGGACCUCAAGGCCAAAUGGGCACUAUGGGAGAAAUGGGUCCGGUUGGCCCGCCUGGAAUGGAUGCGCAGUACUGCCCUUGCCCAAAGCGUCAGCCGGAACACAUCCCUGUCAACAACUACUUCCAAUCGGUGUUUCCGCCUCCAAACGUUGGCAUGGGAAUGGGUCCGCCAAUGCCUAUGCAAGGACAUAUGGCACCGAUGGGACCGUAUCGACAGUGAUGAAUAAAA